AUGAAUGAUCACAACAACAAGGAAAAUCCACGAUCACAUCCUAAUAUACAGCAUAAUAAUGGCUUUGCUGUUCCUCCAAAAAAGACAAACUCUACACUCACCACAACAGCAAGACCAUCAUCAGUUAAUAGCAAAGCCACAACCUCAAAAGUAAAUAAUAGUAUAGUAGAAAAGGUUAACAACUCAGAGGAUGAAGUUGUUUAUCCUGAUCAUCCUAGAAACGAUUGGACUAUUAAUGAUUUUGAAAUUGGUAAACCUUUAGGUACCGGAAAGUUUGGUAGAGUUUAUUUAGCCAGAGAGAAGAAAUCUAAAUUCAUUGUUGCUCUCAAAUUACUUGAUAAGAAACAAUUGGAGAAGGAAAAAGUGGCUCACCAACUCAGAAGAGAAAUUGAAAUUCAAUCACAUUUGAGACAUAAGAAUAUUCUUCGUCUGUAUGGCUAUUUCUAUGAUGAAAAGAAAGUUUAUCUGAUAUUGGAAUAUGCUCCAGGUGGAGAAAUGUAUCACUUCCUUCAGAAAUGUACUAGAUUUUCAGAAGAACAAACUUCCAAAUUCAUGUAUCAAAUGGCCAGAGCUUUGAAAUAUUGUUCUGCAAAACAUGUUAUCCAUCGUGAUAUCAAACCAGAAAAUCUCUUAUUGGAUGGCAAUGGUGAAUUGAAGAUUGCAGAUUUUGGUUGGGCUGUUCAUGCUCCAACAAGUAGAAGAAAGACACUUUGUGGUACAUUGGACUAUUUACCUCCAGAAAUGAUUGAGAAGAAAGCUCACAAUGCAACUGUAGAUUUGUGGUGUAUUGGAGUUCUGUGUUAUGAAUUUUUAACAGGAAAUCCACCAUUCUUUGCACAAGAUGAUAAGUCAACCAUGAGAAAUAUUGUUGCUGUAAGAUAUUCCUUCCCUGAAUACGUAGGAGAUGAGGCAAAAGAUUUAGUAAGAAAACUUCUUGUUAAGGAGCCAUCCAAUCGUAUCACACUUGAACAAGUUCUCAAACAUCCUUUCAUUAUUACAUACAAUAAGAAUAAGGACGAAAUGUAA